UAUAACUGAUCUAGAGCAGUUCGAUCCGCACUUUCAGCAGCAAGAAUAUUUUCUUCGAGUCGCGAACUUUUCUCUGUCGCGUUUGUCCGUAAUCCGUAGUUCCGGAGUGCGAAUCCGUGGUGUGUCCGUCGUCGGUCAACGGUCCAGGAAGAGAAUAAAUAUGGCGUCCCUAGUGCACAGCAUCCGCACGUUGGCGUGCCGGAACAAUCCACUGCUUCGAUCACUAGCCAUUCGUACCAUCUCUUCGUCUUCGGCUCUGCAGCAGAGAAGUUGUAAUCAGAGGAUUCUUCUGGCCCAGCCUCAGCCCCUUCUGUCAAACUUUGAGCAAAGCGGACGUUGGCAACUGGAGUGCACCAGAAGCUACAGCGCUAAGGAACCUCUCACCCACCAGCUGAUCAAGGAACGAGUGCUGCUGGUGCUGAAGCUCUACGACAAAGUCAACCCGGAGAAGCUGACCCUGGAGUCGCAUUUCAUCAACGAUCUCGGUCUGGAUUCGCUGGACCAUGUCGAAGUGAUAAUGGCCAUGGAGGAUGAGUUCGGGUUCGAGAUCCCCGACGGAGAUGCGGAGAAACUGUUCAGACCGGCCGACAUUGUGCAGUACAUUGCCGACAAGGAGGACAUCUACGAGUAAGUCUGAUGAUGCGGGGCGAAUAAUGGGAAACGCCUUCUGGGGGUGGUAGAAUAUCGUUGCUGCCUGGAUUGCUGCAUAUGUUGUUUAAAGAUACCGAAGAACACAUUGUGUAGAUUAUAGUGUAAAUGAAAGGAAAUAAAAUUUUGAUUCAACGGCCAGAAA